AUGUCCUCCACCAUGGAGCCCCGUGGCCGCUUCAUCAACUGGGGAGCUUGCCGGGAAGGUGCUAUGUCCACACUGCCACGCUUCGCUUCACUGGGUGAAAGAGCUACUGGUUUGAUCCUGGCUUAUCAGACUGUCCUAGACAGGGAUGAGACUUUUACUCAGUAUUAUUCUGAGGAGCGACUUGAGAGCUACAACAUCGAAGCAAGUCUGCGCGAAGAGUUCGGUGUUGGUCCUGCUUGUCUCAAUGAUCCUGGAAACCCCAGUCCUCAGCGCGAUUUCAUUAUCAGCUGGGCCACUAUUUUCCGGGAUGGUGUUUUCGAAAAGAAGGCCGAGGAUCGCUAUCUUUGCCGCGUGCAGGGAAGGAUCGUUGAGAUCGACGAGUCCAUUCACAGAACGAUCAUGAUCAGCCGUCGUGCUUUUCCCCCAGCUGCCCAGGCGUGGCCGAUUCCUGCUGAUGUCGAGCGAGAGUAUCAGCUGAAUCUUUCGAUCGAGAAUGAUGUGUCGGAUGAGCUCAACAAUCAGAUCAAAUAUGUGGAGAGAAUGCGACGACUCCAGCUUGCACUGAGGCGACGUCGCAAGAACCUCCAAGAACUUCGUGAUUCUGUUCGUGUGAAAACAGAGCCGAAGUCGCCAGAGCCAUCUCACGCAGGGUACCGUACUCCUUCUGUGUCACAGCUCCUACAAUCCAUCGAGUCUCGACCUGUUCGCGAACGAGACCCAUCAUACCCAUCAGAGAGCUCGGCAGUAUCAACCGGUGAUGACAUCCCCUAUGGAAACCCUCGCAAUGAGCCGACCCCGGGCAUGCAGGAAAGGUCUCUUCGUUCAGCGGAUCAAGGUGUCCAGUCUGAACCCAAGGACCCAAAGCAGAUUGAUACAGCUCAGCAGGCCCCCGCAGCUUUGAGACACAAAGCUCGCGGAACCAUCAACACCAAUGACGAGACCCGCAGUGCCCCAUCAACUCCUCCUACUACAUCCAAUCUCCCUACUGGCCCAGCUGAUGCUACUGCCUCAUCCUCUCAUCCCGUCCAAUCCUCUGCUUUUAUGCCCAUCAACCGCCGACAGGCCAAGACAGCUGCUAACUUCGCAACACCAACUGAGAGCCCGCAUCCCAAGCGUUUGCGUGAGACUCGACAAGCCGAGCAAACCGUCGAACCAUCUCCCAAACGACGCAAGAGCUCAUACCCCAAUGCAUCAGCAGAGCUCGACUCCAUGACUUACGGUCAACACCUAGCAAUGUGGAAUGACCAAUCCCAACAAUCUCCAUCCACCCAAAAACCCCCCAAGGACACGAAACCCGAGAAGACCGGGAAGAAAAAGCGCGAGCGCAACAACUUCACCGAAUACGAAAAGGAGCACGCCCCAUCCUGGAUCCGAGCCCAACUCAACGCAGGAGUUUCCGGAGUCGACCUCGAGCGCGCAUAUAUGGCCCAAUUCGGAACAAAGCACCACUCCACAACCCUCAAAGCCUUCCUGGACCGAAACGAAGCCAAAGCCAAAGCCCUCGCAAAGGCCACCGGAACUACGGUCUCAACCCCAUCUACACAGGAGGAUCGCCAGCCCUCCAAGAUCGUAGUUCUGAAGGAACCCGAGGCCGAGAGCACACCCAACAAUGAUGCUCCGGUCAAUGCGGAGAAAGUAACUUCCCCUCCGCCACCCUCCCAAGGCCACCCUGCCCCUGCUGGUCAAUCCGCGGGGCAGGGUGGGGAGGCUUUUGCCCUCCCUUUCGUCGGUCAGUCUGGGACCCGGGCUUCGGAGCCGCUGCGUUCCCCGUCGGUGGGAUACAGGGAGGUCAUCCGGGCGCAGUCGGUUGCCCUCACGGGCCAUGAGAUGGAGAAUGGGCUGCCGGGGGCCUGA